UAUCCGAAAUGUGUCCAACAAACGGUGAUUCACCGCUGUGCUUCAUAGUUUAAUUCUAUUGAGGCUUUGCUAACGUUCCAUUUGGAAUAAUGCAAUGCUAACAGAGUGGUGAAAUAACAAACGUGCAAAACAACCUGUGAUGCUCCCAUUGAUGUGCAUAAUUUUCACUCCUUUGAUGCUACGCUCCACCAAGUUUUUGUUCUUCAUGUUCCCCAAACGUUUCUUUUUACAGAAUCUAUGUACUUCAAGCGUUGCAACCAUAGCCACAAACGUUCAUGCUCAGAUAUACAAUCUUUCCAUCCAAGGGAACCUGGAAGAAGCUCUUUCACUACUAUACACCCACGACACAACACACUCUUCUAUGUCCAUUCAGACCUAUGCCACUUUGUUCCAUGCCUGUGCUAGAAGAAAGUGCCUCCAACAUGGCAUGGCUUUGCACCAUUAUGUAAUUGACAAACACCCAGGAGCACAAAAUGAUCUCUUUCUCACUAAUCACAUCAUAAAUAUGUACUGCAAGUGUGGUCACUUGGCAUAUGCUCAUCACCUAUUCGAUAAAAUGUUGCACAGAAACAUUGUCUCUUGGACUGCUCUUAUUUCGGGGUAUGCCCAAUGUGGCCUAGUCAGAGAAUGUUUCUCUCUCUUUUCUAGCUUGUUGGCUAGCUUCUGUCGGCCCAAUGAAUUUGCUUUGGCGAGUUUGCUUAGCGCUUGCGAGGCGCAUGACAUUAAAUGUGGCAUGCAGGUACAUGCAGUUGCUUUGAAAAUUGCUUUGGAUGCCAGUCUUUAUGUUGCAAAUGCUCUUAUUUCAAUGUACAGCAAGUGUUCUGCCUUUGGUGGAUGUUAUGAUCAUACAGUAGAUGAUGCCUGGAUCCUGUUCAAGUCAAUGAAAUUCAAAAAUCUUAUAUCUUGGAAUUCAAUGAUUGCAGGUUUUCAAUUUCGUGGACUCGCGGGUCAAGCCGUUUGGUUGUUUACUCAUAUGUACAGCCGUGGAAUUGGGUUCGACCGUGCCACCCUACUCAGUGUCUUCUCUUCCUUGAAUGAGUGUAGUACUUUUGGUGAUAUCAACAUACAUCUAAGAAGCUGUUUUCAGUUGCACUGUCUUGCUAUUAAAAGUGGUCUUUGUUCAAAAGUUGAAGUGAUAACUGCAUUGUUAAAAUCGUAUGCAAACGUUGGAGGAGAUAUUGCCGACUGCUACAGGCUCUUCCUUGAAACAAGUCAACAGGAUAUUGUAUCAUGGACUGCUAUAAUGACCGUGUUUGCAGAACGAGAUCCUGAGCAGGCAUUCCUCCUUUUCUGUCAACUUCAUCGUGAAAGUUUUGUCCCAGACUGGCAUACAUUCUCAAUUGCCCUCAAAGCUUGUGCAUACUUUGUGACUGAGAAACAUGCCCUGGCUGUUCACUCGCAAAUAAUUAAAAGAGGGUUUCAGGAAGAUACGGUUCUCUGUAAUGCCUUGUUACAUGCUUAUGCAAGGUGUGGCUCCUUAUCUUUGUCUGAACAAGUAUUUGAAGAAAUGAAAUUUCGUGAUUUGGUUUCAUGGAAUUCAAUGAUUAAGUCGUAUGCCUUACACGGGAAAACUAAAGACGCACUGAAACUCUUCCAGCAAAUAAAUAUGCAUCCAGAUGCUACAACGUUCGUUGCACUUCUCUCAGCUUGCAGUCAUGUUGGACUUGUUGAUCAAGGAGUGAAAAUUUUUAAUUCCAUGUCUGAUGAUCAUGGUAUUGUUCCUCAACUAGAUCACUAUGCUUGCAUGGUUGACCUCUAUGGACGAGCUGGGAAGUUAUCUGAAGCUGAGGACUUGAUAAGCAAGAUGCCAAUGAAACCUGAUUCUGUGAUUUGGAGUUCAUUACUUGGAUCUUGCCGUAAGUAUGGUGAGACUCACUUGGCCAAAUUAGCAGCUAAUAAAUUUACAGAAUUGGCACCCAAUAAUUCAUUGGGAUAUGUACAAAUGUCAAACAUAUAUUCCUCUGGUGGUAGUUUCGCUGAAGCUAGCCUAGUUAGGAAGGAAAUGAGAGAUUCUAAGGUGAGGAAAGAACCUGGAUUAAGCUGGGUUCAGAUUGGUAUGCGGGUUCACGAGUUUGCCUCUGGUGGUCAACAUCAUCCACAGAGGGUUGCCAUAUUAAACCGGCUUGAGAUAUUGGUUGGACAGUUGAAAGAGAUAGGUUAUGCACCAGAGAUCAACUUAGCCUUAUAUGACACUGAAAUGGAGCACAAAGAAAACCAAUUGUUGCAUCAUAGUGAGAAGAUGGCCUUGGUAUUUGCCAUAAUGAAUGAAGAAAAGUUUCCAUUUGUUGGGAACGUCGUUAAAAUAAUGAAGAAUAUCCGCAUUUGUGUGGAUUGCCACAAUUUCAUGAAGUUAGCAUCAUAUCUUCUUCAGAAGGAAAUUACUGUGAGAGAUUCAAAUCGCUUUCACCACUUCAAAUAUGGAGCAUGCUCAUGUAAUGAUUAUUGGUAACAUGAUAACUGCAAUUCCCAAUGCUUUGUUUGAGUACUGGUUUCAACCAUGGUGGAGCUUCUGGUUGAGAAAUACCGUGCACUUAAUAGUUAUUGGAGAAAGUGAUAGAAAGAGGUGUUUACAUAUUUAUGUGGAAAUAUUGUAAAUUUUAAGUUGUAACAUUCAUCUCACUGGAAAGUACUAAUGUGCAUAUUUUUGGUGGACCCAUUGGGUUGUGAGCUUGUUUAGCAGGGGAAACAGUUGCUCACUUUCUUGCAUGAAGAGCAGUUCUUUGGAGUACACUAUUGGUUGCAUGUGGUGGUGUUCUUGGGUAUGUUGAACUUGGAGAAGGAACUACUUGCUUCAAUGGAUAUGGAAGAAGUAACAGUGUGUGUGGUAGGGAAGCCCUGUUUGUGGGUGCAUUGUGCCAUUGUCAGCACAGACCUCUCUGUUUAGAACUAGGUGAUUGUGAAGAAGGGUGAAAAUAUUUUUUAGGAUUGAUUGAUAUUCAUAUUGAAAAGCCAAGAAUGAGGGGUCCAAAGAUAGCAUCGAAAAUUCUUAAGCUUUUGAACCUGUCCAAGGAAGAUGAUUUAAGGAAAUAUGUCAACACCUUUAAGCACAGGCACAGGGAAGUGCAACAAAACAAUGUCAUUCUUCCACAACAAUUUCAUCUCUUCUUCAAUGAAGUUGAAUGAAACCAUGUCGUUUCUGUUAGAUGCUGUGAGUUCUGUCAAGACUUGAUUUGGGUUCGGUUCCAUCACAGCUCUUCCUCCAAUUCGAGCUUGCUGGAUCUAAACCCUCCUGCCACCAAGGACAGCCUAGUUCAAACUUCUGCAGUUCAGAGCAUUGGCAACAUGGAUAAUGAGGGAGACACUUUGUCGGUUGCUAGUUGCAGCACCGCAGUUUCUCUGCAGAGUUUCGAGUUCUGUGCGGAUCCUUCUUUCUGGAAUGACCACAAUGUGCAGGGACAGUGCCUAAUAUGAAGAUCUAUAAUGUUACUUAUGAUAAAUUUUUCUUAAUGAACAUUGAUCACUAUGU